ACACUACUUCACUGGCUAGCUUCUACUCUCUACACACUUGAGUAAGUUCUAGUAUUUUGAAGCAUAUUAUCUCUACGACAUAGGAAUGGCGUUCUCUGGAGUUCAAAAGGUGGUGUUCUUGGUGGUGCUGUCCAUGGCGGCAGCACUAUCGAUUGGUGGUGCCGAAGCAGCCCUUACGUGCGGUCAGGUGGUGAACAAGCUGAUGCCUUGUGUUUCCUACGUCCAAAACGGUGGGACUCCCGCGGCGAAUUGCUGCGGCGGGAUCAGGGCCCUCUAUGGCAUGGCUCAAACCACCCCUGACCGCCAGAGCGUGUGCAACUGUUUGAAACAAGCAAUCGCUGGGAUUCCCUACACCGGAGCUAACGCCGGUCUUGCUGCAGGCCUUCCUGGCAAGUGUGGUGUCAACAUUCCCUACAAGAUCAACCCUUCUACUGACUGCAAAAGCAUCAAGUGAGAGCUGGCUAGCUAGGUUGCUGAUGAAGCUCACCACGCGAUGCUUGACUUCCUCUACAGGAUCUUAUAUAUUGUGACAUAAGAAUAAGGUGGUGGUUUAGUACGUACCUGAUCGAUGCGCUGGUGAUGGCUUCGGUAGAUUACUGCAUCCUUCUAUAGCUAGUAUUGUACGUUGUGUUCUUUAUCAUCGAGCUACUUUGUUGUAGCUAGCUUUCAUGUUUUUACUUCAAGAGUGAGGUUGGAUUUGGCCUAUGUUAAAUCAACCCACUUUCCCUAUAUCUAAUAAGUAAUUAUUCAUGGACUCUGUACAUAUUUUU